UCGGAUUUAGCUAAAUAUUUGAGCUUUCUUAUUGUAAAUCUGUUUCCACUGCAUGAUAAAGAGUUCAAUUACGCAGGACAGCAAUUAAAAGGAAGCGUGAUCAGAGAUGAGCGUGUUCAAUGUGCAAGUUGCACCAGCAGACGCUACAAACACUUUGGAAGACUAUGAUGACAACGACCUUGAGAUGGUAGAACAUUAUGAUCUGAAUAACAAUAAAGAUAUAUUCCAUAGAAGUAGUCUUUUCCAAGAAAUGAAGCCAUUACUAUGGACCCUAAAGCUGUGUGGGCUAUACCAUGAACGACAAUGGGGGGUGAAAAAUGCGAAAGGCGACCUUGAAGAAAUUGGUAAUUUUACUCCUUCGCGCAUCUGGAGCAUUGCCUUAAUCGUCAUCCAAUGGCUGAACAUUGGAAAACUCUUGUUGACAUUUAUGCGAGAUAAUGAAUUUGGGCCAGGGCUGUUGACAAAGAUAAUGAUCAUGAUGUGGCAUAUAAGUUGUGGUAUAACAUGUGUGAUUACUUACAAAUGUUGGGCAAAGCCAGAAAGGCUCCCUGGGUUCAUCUACAAAUGGGAAACACUUUACAGACGAGACUCUGAAGAAACGCUAAGAAAAUUCAAAUACCUGAUAAAAAUUGGACUUUUAUUUUCAUGGACAUUAGUUAUUAUUAACUUUUCAUUUAUUGCCUAUGUUCAGUUUAACCACACUGUUUUCGAUGUACUCUUAAUACCAUUUGAGAGGAAUGAAGAUGAUAUGUUUAUUGCAAAGUUUGUAUUGGUAUGUAUAACUGGGACAAUAGUCAACAUGUCAUGCAUAAUGGGAGUCCUUUUUCACAUAGCCAUAACAUGGCUGCUUAACAAUGAAUUCAAAAAUUACAACAAAUAUUUUAGAGAAUGCCUGAAUGAAUGCGGUGGUUUAAAAGGUAGCAUCGAGACCCAUCGAAGACGCCACAUGGACAUAUGCCAGCUCGCUGGAUUCGCUGAUGAAGCAUUCAGACUUUACCACUUGAUAGGCAUUGGUAUUCCAAUCGCAGUGAUGCUGUUGAUUGUUUAUAACAUUAUGUACUUGGAAGAAAUCCAAAAAGAUUUAUUUCUGAUGAUAACGAUGAUAUCUUGGAUUUCAGUAAUGAUGUAUAUCCUCAUAGAGGUCUUACUGAUGUGUGCUACUGUAAAUCACACGGCACAUGACUCCUACAAUGACGUUCAUUCACUCGACCUUGGAAAGAUGAACCAAAAAGAAGUCUUGCAGGUGUCUGUAUUUCUUAACAAGUUAUCUGGACAUCCUGACCAAAUUGGACUGACUGUUGUGUGUCUCUUCAUUAUUGACAGUCCUACCAUUCUUACAGUGUUUGGAAUGCUGGUCAGCUACUUUUUCCUGUUGAUUUCAUUCAAACCUGCCAGCCCUGAGAGUGGAUUGGCAGCAGCAGCAAGUAAUUGAACAACAUAGCAACUCUAUUAAAACAACCUCAUAUCAAACUUUAGGCACAUUCCAUUCAACAAUAUCAGAUGGUUAGUCAAUAUAACUGGUCAGUGUAACAUAUAGACCAGAAAACCAGUAAAUCAAGGGCUGCAAAUGUGUGGACUAUCAGGAUGAAAUCAGGGAUCUUAUACAGAAUACAUUCAGUGGGAAAGAUCUUAAAAUGUGAGUCUGCAUCUAGUGACAUUCCUAGGACAGGGAAACACUGUUAAAUGCAUAAGUGAGCUAUUCCAAAUCUUGUAAAUUCAUUGUUAAUAUGUACAAUCAUGUGAUUUGUAACUUUGGGUUAUUGUAAAUACAUC